ACAAAUAGCUUGUCCCAUUGUUUUGUGCUCUUCACAAAGGAGAACAAUGGCAUCGAAUGAGAAACCACUGUGCAAAUUUGGCGAAAAAUGUUACCGAAAAAACCCACAACAUCUGAAGCAGUUCCGACACCCAAAGCGGGAUAACGAAGAGGAAGAUCAACCAAAAUUGAAAAAGAGGAAAACAGACACAACCACAAAAGGUAAAGGAAAAACAUUAGAUGAUUUCUUUGGAAAGAAGAAGGAAGAGAAACAUGUUGAGCAUGAAGUAAGUGAUGAGGAGGUAGACUCUGGUGAGGCAAGUGAUGUAGACCACAGUGAGGCAAACAAGGAGACAGCUGAAGAAAACAAGGACAGCCCUGGAGAAUCACCAAGAGUAGAAAGUGAUGAUGACGAAGAUGAUAUUGAACCUCCUGAAUCCCCAGUUGAUGUUAGGGAGAAUAUCAAACAGAAAUUUUUGGUUGAAAUGCCAGAAGACUUUUACCAGUUCUGGGAUUUUUGCAAGUCUGAAAAGCCAGACAGUCCUACAGAUGCAUUGAAAGAUCUUGUUGGUCUGCAACUUGUUGGCCCAUUUGACAUACUAGCUGGAAAACAUAAAGGUGUGAAGACAAACAGACAUGGAAAGCGGCCGAAUUUUCUCCUCCACUGGCGAUACUACUAUGAUCCACCUGAAUUCCAGACUGUUGUUCGAGGAACUGCAGAUAACCAGUUUCAUUUGGGAUACUUCAGGGACGAUCCAAAAGAAAUGCCAGCCUUAGUGGGAGCUAACUCUGCAAAAACAGACUGCAUCAUCUCAGUUAAGGGAGAUAACUUGUUUGCAGCUGUGAGUUCCUGCAUUGAUGAUAAACUGAAGUCCAAAGAAACCAGUGCAGGGAGUAAAACAAAAUUAAAAGAAUUAUCAGAGAGACUUCAAACAUGUGCAAAGAAAAAUAAACAGACAUUAGAACUGAAAUCAAAGCAUAUAAAAGAACGGGAGAAGAAGGUUGUGUGUAAGAGUUUUCACAAAUGUGGUAUUGUGGUACCAGUAGAUGAAAAUGAAGUUGGGUACCGUGAAGUGCCUGAAACACCAGCUGAUCUGAAAAAAAUGUUCAAAAAAAUUGCUGACAGCAAAACAGAUGCAGAACGGGACAAAAACUUUGAACCUCUGCAAGAACUUAUAACUCUUAUUCAGUUUGCAAAUGACGAGUGUGACUAUGGAGAAGGGCUUGAACUAGGUAUAGAUCUAUUUUGUUAUGGUGGUGCCACUUUUCAUUCAACAAUAGGACAGCUUCUGUCACUCGCAUACAUGUUGCUGAAUAGACCAGAAUAUGGACAGAUUGUUGAAGCACACCUGAAAAACAGGAGGCGUGGAGACGAUUUGAGUCAGUUAUAGUUACCGGUAACUGUAGGACAGUUCUGAAUCUUAAGUGUGUAGAGAUAAACAGACAGAGAGUUAAAGUGAAAAUAGUUUUUAUGUGUUUUGCAACAAUUGUACAUAAUACUGUUGUAUAGGUAGCUUUUCUCAGGAAUCAUGUGUAUGAAAUGAAGUAUUCCGCAGGAGGAGGUGUGUUAUAGAAGGGCUAUGUAGGAUAAUAUGCAGUUCUUUUAUCAAGUCAGGUUUGGAACUUUGUGAGGGUUACAGGCUGUGAAUGCAUGUAAACAUAGUAAGCGGUACCUGACCGUAACUUUUUGGAGCACUUGCCCUAGGGGCAAAUUAACCUUUAUUGUAACUUGCCUAAACCACUUUUCAUGUUGCGAAGAUAUAGAAUGGUGUUAAUAUGUAAACAGCACUUCAGUUCCGUUUGCAGAAUGAAAUAGAAUAUGUUGUUUAAAAUGAAAAGGAAAAUAGAAAUAUACAAUAAAUUUCGAUAAUAAGGAACAAAAAAAAUCUUCAUUAGUUUUUGAAGUUUUCAUGAAUAAACUAUUUUGGUGAGGUAUUUUCCAUUGUAAAUUGCAGCAAUUUUUGAUACUAAAAACUUUAAAAUUCUGUUUUGACUUUUAUUUGUGAAUGGGCUGUUGGAUAGUUAUAAAACUUUAACAAUAUCUCAGUUAGAAACAACAUUUCCAUUUAAUAAUGUUGUACAAUUUUGAAAUUGUGACGUUGUCCAAUUUUUCUGAAGGGAAAGUUAAAGAUAUCUUAAAAACUUCUACCACUCUCCGAGGGCUUUAAAAUUAUACAUAGUUUAUGUCUGGAUGUUGCAAAAUAAAGCCACAGUUUACAAAAAAGCUGUUAUGAAUUAGGGGUAUCAAAGAGUUGAAUUUGAAUACCUGAUAUGUGUGAAUAUUUGGUUUAAAAAAAUCAAAACCACAAACUACUUCUCUACGACUGAUCAGUUGGGAAAUGUUAAUCUGUAGUCAUUUUUUUGUACAAUGGAAUAGAAUAUGACAAAUGUGUGAAUAAAACAACAUUUGGUAACACAAAAUUCUUGGAUUUAUUACUUUGUGUUUAAGGCACUGUUCUGCUGUAAUGAAAAAAAAGCUUCCAGACUGAGGCAAAAUAGAAGUGAAGCUCUCUUAUGUGACCUAAGGUGGACAGUCUUUUGUCCUGACAAUAAUAAUAAUAUUAAUAAUAAUAGAAAUAGUGAUUACUUGCUGAUUGUAGAUUUUAGAAAAAUAGUUCUAUUCCAUCGAGGAAUGUAAACUCAAAGCAGUAUUGGAAGAAUGUACAUCUGAACAUCAAUUUUUUAGCUCGACUAUACGAAGUAUGAGAGCUAUCUUACUCGACCCGGCGUCGGCGUCUUUCCGCGUCCCCACCUUGGUUAAAGUUUUUUUACACUUUCUCUUUUUUCAACUUAUCUCUGUAAUUACUUGAUGGAUUUGAUUCAAACUUGAAAUAGUUAUUCCUCAUCAUCACUCACAUCAUCUGACAUAAGGGCCAUAACUCUGGCCCCAAUAUUUCAUGAUUUAUCUCCCCUUUUCACUUAGUUUUUAAGGUUAAAGUUUUGAUGCACUUUCACUCUAUCUCUGUUAUUACUGAAUUGAUUUGAUUCAAACUUAAAAUACUUGUUUAACAUCAUCAUCCACAUGAUAUGACACAAGAUGCAUAACUCUGGCACAAUUGUUUUAUGAAUUAUUCCCCCUUUUUACUUAGAAUUUCAGGUUAAAGUUUUGAUGCACUUCCACUCUAUCUCAGUUAUUACUGAAUGGAUUUGAUUCAAACUUAAAAUCGUUGUUCAACAUCAUCACCCACACCAUUUGGCACAAGGUGCAUACUCUGGCACCAAUUUUUCAUGAAUUAUUACCUCUUUUUACUAAGAAUUUCAGGUUAAAGUUUUGAUGCACUUUCACUUUAUCUCUGUUAUUACUGAAUGGAUUUGAUUCAAACUUAAAAUAGUUGUUCAGCAUCAUCACCCACACCAUUUAACACAAGGUGCAUAACUCUGGCACCAUUUUUUCAUGAAUUAUGCCCACUUUUACUUAGAAUUAAAAGUUAAUUUUGAUGCAUUUUCACUAUAUCUCAGUUAUUAUGAAAUGCAUUUGAUUCAAACUUGAAGUAGUUGUUCCACAUCAUCACCCACAUCAUAUGAUACAAGAUGCAUAACUCUUGCACCAAUAUUUAAUUAAUUAUGCCCCCUUUUUGCUUAGGCUGUACUUGUAUAGUGUUUUGAUAUACUUUAUCUGUACGUCUCUUAUUACUUAAUAUUUUUGACACAGACUCCGGCUAUUGUGCAAUAUCUUCACCCACCAUUGGAGUUAAUAAACACUCCAGUGACAGCUCCAGUUUUCUCAGAUGUGCCCAGUUUCACUAUCCAGCAUCGAAAUAGUCGAGCACGCUGUCUCCUGUGACAGCUCUUGUUUAAAAAUGUGUUUAUAUCUUUAAAAUAUCAACUAGAAAUUAUAUAUAAUUAUCUAACUAACAAAAAGGAUGUGGUGACAUUAAACUAUUAUUUUGACAAUUGGUUUUCUCAUUGUGGUGACAUUAAACUAUUAUUUUGACAA